AACCUUUUCAUCCCAUUUAUUAUUAUAAAUAUAGGUAGUCCAUUUCUCCCUCUCAAUCAAAUUUCAAGAUCUUCUCCAAAUUACAAACCAUCUCUCAAUAACACACACACACACACACACAUUAAAAAUGGCAAAGGAGAUGGAAAAGAACUCUCUUCACAUAGAGCCGUCAACAGUUGCACUUGAAAACGGCGAAGCAAGCAAGGAUUUCGACGACGACGGCUGUUCCCCAAGAACCGGGACGGUGUUGACGGCAAGCGCACACAUCAUAACGGCGGUGAUAGGGUCGGGGGUGCUGUCGUUAGCAUGGGCCAUAGCGCAGCUAGGAUGGGUGGCCGGUCCCGCCGUGCUCGUGGCCUUCUCCCUCAUCACCUACCUCACCUCCACCUUCCUCGCCGACUCCUACCGCCACCAAGGCCGUCGCAACUACACUUACAUGGACGUCGUCCGUUCCCACUUAGGUGGUUACAAAGUUCAGCUAUGUGGGGUGGCUCAGUAUGGGAAUCUUGUUGGGGUCACUAUUGGAUACACAAUUACUGCUUCCAUUAGUAUGGUGGCUGUGAAGAGGUCGAAUUGUUUCCAUAAGGAGGGGCAUGAGGCAGCAUGCUCAAUAUCAACCUAUCCAUUCAUGGCUAUAUUUGGAGGGAUUCAGCUUGUUUUGAGCCAAAUACCUAAUUUCCAUGAGCUUUCAUGGCUCUCUAUCGUUGCCGCGGUCAUGUCUUUCGCUUACUCCUCCAUUGGCUUCGCCCUCUCCGUUGCUAAGCUUGCAGGUGGUGGAGGGCAUGUGGAGACAGGCCUAACAGGAACGAGAGUAGGAGUGGACACAAGCGGCUCAGAAAAGUUGUGGAAAAGCUUUCAAGCCAUUGGAGACAUUGCUUUUGCCUAUGCCUUUUCAACCAUCCUAAUUGAAAUCCAGGACACACUGAAAUCUCCACCCCCAGAAAAUGUGGCGAUGAAGAAGGCUUCUCUUGUAGGUGUGUCAACCACCACCCUUUUCUACGUCCUCUGCGGCUGCCUCGGCUACGCCGCCUUCGGAAAUGACGCUCCCGGUAACUUCCUUACUGGGUUCGGCUUCUACGAGCCCUUCUGGUUGAUCGACUUUGCCAACGUGUGCAUCGCUGUCCAUCUCAUCGGAGCCUAUCAGGUAGCACAAAAGAAACCAUCGUCCUUUAAAAAUAACAACUAUUUCCAUUUUCGUCCAUCCUUCAAAAUUAGUUUAUUUAGGAAACAUUUUUCUAGCUAAUUCCCCUUCUUCAACAACUUCCUCGGCCUCAUCGGGGCAGCCUCGUUCUACCCGCUGACCGUGUACUUCCCCAUAGAGAUGCACAUUGCGCAGGCCAACAUGCCCAAGUACUCCUGCCGAUGGGUGUGGCUGAAGAUCCUCAGCUGGGCUUGCCUGAUUGUGUCCCUCGUCGCGGCAGCCGGAUCCGUACGGGGGCUGGCUGCCGACGUCAAGACAUACAAGCCUUUCCAGAGUCAAGCUCAUGAAUAAAAAACAUGUAGAAUAUCAAUCAAUGAGUUCAACAUCCAAACACUACUUAUUUACCUACAUUUCACCAUUUAGUCUCUGUAAAGAUCAAUCAUCAAACAUAUGAGAGCUAUAAUAAAGCCUAUGAUACGAGGAUCGGAAAUCAAUCAA